AGCUUUGCAAAUCACACCUCCUCCUCCUCCUAGCCACAGACAGGAUGAAGCCUGAAGCCUCGGUGCCUGUCUGCUUUCUGUGCCUCCUUGCCUUGUCAUCAGCAUGCUACAUCCAGAACUGCCCGAGGGGAGGCAAGAGGUCCUACCCUGACACAGAGGUCCGACAGUGCAUACCAUGUGGUCCUGGGAAUCGAGGAAAUUGCUUUGGCCCAAACAUUUGUUGUGGUGAAGAUCUGGGAUGUUAUGUUGGGACACCUGAGACCCUGCGAUGUGUGGAAGAAAACUACUUGCCUUCUCCAUGUGAAGCCGGAGGAAAGCCCUGCAGUACCGGUGGAAGAUGUGCCGCCCCAGGAAUAUGCUGUACUGAUGACAACUGCAGCAUAGACUCUGGCUGCUUAGAUGAGGACAGCGAAGGGCGACGGGUCCCCCCGGAGAAAAACAUGACCCAGAUGGACGGUUCCGCCAGCGAUUUCCUCCUGAGGCUCAUGCACAUGGCCAACAGACAGCAACAAGGAAAACACCAGUUCUAUUGAGCUCGGAAAUUAAUCUAUUGUAACAAAUAUCUUUCUUUGUAUCAUGUGAUUAAAUCAAAUUCUCUAUUUAAGAAUGUAAUGAAAUAAAAUAACUAAUGGUUUAUUGUACAUAGAACAA